AUGCCAGAGGCCACCAAGGCCCAGCCAUGGAAGUCAGUUUGGCCCGCGCCCAACACCACUGCCGACAAAGAGGAUGUGCUACAGGGCGAGAAAGAGCAAAUCCCUCACUUCAAGCUUUCGGGGGGCAGAAGCGCCGAAUUUGGAUACGAGGAGGAAGUCAAGGUUGACGAGCCGAAGCCCGAGAAGAAAUAA